AUGAGCCAAUAAGCAUACUUUUGUUAAUUAAACCUGGUGCAUUAAAAAUUACGUGUUAAAGAAUUUCGUGCAGAAUUAUAAAAAUGUCCAAGCUAUUGGGUGUGCCGCUAAAGAAACCCUCAGAGGUGGACGUUGUAAAGCCACUGAACAAUCUAAUUCAAAGCACCUACAAUGGAGCCACUGCCGAAGAGAAGUCGCAGUAUGCAGAGGCUGUAAAUGACUUUUCAAAGCAACGCAAUACAGCUAUUUGGAAAUUCUUUGAAAAGUAUGAGGCAUCGCUGGAAACCGUGUAUGCCUACUACGAUCAGAUAUGCGCACUGGAAACAAAGAUUUCGGCCAACGAGUUGCAAAUACCGUUCAAGUGGAAGGAUGCCUUUGAUAAAGGCUCUAUUUUCGGUGGUAAAAUUAGUCUGACGCACACCUCGCUGUUGUAUGAGAAGGUUUGUGUGCUGUUCAACAUUGCCGCCUUGCAGAGCAGCGUGGCGGUCAGUCAGCCGCUGGACACAGAUGAAGGUCUCAAACUAGCAAUUAAGCUGCUGCAACAGAGUGCUGGCAUUUAUCAAUAUUUAAAAGGCGCCACGCCCGCUGCAGUGCCUUCAGAGCCAACGCCAGACCUCAGCCAGGAUACACUAACUGUGUUGCAAGCACUAAUGGUGGCUCAAGCGCAGGAAGUUUUUAUACUAAAGGCCAUAAAGGACAAUAUGAAGGAUCAGAUCAUUGCUAAACUGUGCUGCCAAGGCGAGGAAUUUUAUGCAGAUGUCCUGCGUGCCAUGCAGAAGGAGUCAGUACGCAAUCUAUGGGAAAAGGAAUGGAUACCCACCAUAGCUGGCAAGCAGGCUGGCUUCCAUGCGCUUACUCAGCUCUAUCAGAGCUUGGUUUGCCGCUCAACCAAGAAAGUGGGUGAGGAGAUUGCACGCCUGCGCAAUGCUAUUGAACUGUUUAAGGCCGCCCAAACGCGCGGUGGCAAUGAAACCUAUUUGGAUGAGUAUUUCAGUCGUGCCAAGCGCAAUCUGGCCGAGUCCACCAAGGACAAUGAGUUUAUCUAUAAUGAAAUCAUACCAGAGAUCAGUACAUUGGCCUCGCCUGGCAAAGCGCAGCUAGCCAAACCCUUGCCCAUGGCUGCACCCAUGGCCGGCAACUUUAAGGACAUUUUCACCAAUCUGGUGCCCGUGGAGUUGCAUCGUGCACUCACUGCUUCCGAUAUGCGUAAGAACGAGAUAGUCAAUGCAGAGAUUAUGAAGCUUCGUGAAGCUACUCAAACUUUGAACGCCGUUUUGGCCAGCCUCAAUCUGCCAGCUGCCGUUGAGACUACAGACAGCAACAGUGGUCUGCCACCUUCAUUGCGCGAAAAAGCCAAUGAAGUGCGCGGCAAGGGAGGCAUAGAGCAUGUGCAGACCAUGCUUAAGGAUUUGCCAGAACUGCUCAGUCGCAAUCGUGAGAUUUUGGACGAAACCGAGCGCUUGCUGGAUGAGGAACGUGAUUCAGAUAAUCAGCUACGCGGACAGUUCAAAGAGCGCUGGACGCGCCUCAGCUCAGACAAGUUGACCGAGAUGUUCCGCACCAAUGCUAAAAAGUAUCGCGAAGUUAUUACGAAUGCCAUUGAAGCCGACAAGGUAGUGCGCCAAAAGUUUGAGGCGAACCAAAAGGGUAUUGAGCUGCUCUCGAUGCCACCAGAACAAAUACAGCAGUCACUUCCCUCUGCCAGCGGCAGCGUGGAUCCUAACUGCACCAGCGUGCAACGCCUGAAGCAACUUAUGGAGGCCGUCGAAACCAUUAAGGCUGAACGCGAUGCUGUCGAAUCGGAGCUAAAGUCGGCUACAUUUAAUAUGAAAAAUGAGUUUUUGCAAGCUCUGCAAAAAGAUGGUGCCAUUGAUGAGCCCGCUUUGUCGUUGGCGCGCAUUGGCCAAGUGCUAAGUCCAUUGCAGACACAGGUCAAGGAAAGCACUGAGCGUCAGCAAACACUUGUUGCUGAUAUACAAAGCGCACAUGCUGCUUUUAGCACCGAAACGGGCAGCUGCGGCAAUUCACGCGAUAAACUCUACAAGGAACUGGCCACCGCAUACGAUAGCUUCGUGGAACUCUCAGGAAAUUUGCAGGAAGGCACCAAGUUCUACAACGACCUGACCCAACUGCUGGUCGUAUUUCAGAAUAAGAUAAGUGAUUUUGUAUUUGCGCGCAAGACCGAAAAGGAAGAGUUGCUCAAGGAUCUGACCACUGAGUCGAGUCGCCAGGCGCCACCAGCUACUCCAGCUUUGCCAUCACACUAUGCGUCCACCUCGGGCAGUGGCAGCGAUAUACCGGCUGCAGGCGCACCACUCGCUCCAGCUGGUCCAAGCAAUGUACCUUAUCCAGCUCAAGUACAUAUGCCAGUGCCGUAUGGUGCCUCACCGGGUGUGCCAUACCCCACAUUUGUGCCUCCGCCCAUGCCGCAGAGCUUCAAUCCUUAUGCUACGUUGCCAUAUCCGGGCAAUUAUCAAUACGGCGGCCUGCCUCAGGGACCCGCACCUGGACACUAUGGCACGUAUCCUGGCAGCUUUGCUCAUCAACAGGGCGGCUACCCCAAUCAGAAGCCACCAGGCUGGUAAACAUCAACCAGCUGCAUCAUUUAUGUUAUUUUUAAAGCAAGCUUAUCAUAUCUAUUUCCGCACGUUGUGUUAUUUGUGAAUCUAGAUUCAAAGAAAUUGGUAAUGGCAUUUAAUGCAUGCUCUUCUGCUUUAGUUACAAUUUGUAUCAUAAAAAGUUGAUUGAUAAAUUGAAUUUUAAUCUCAUAUAUACACUUAUAUAUAUCACAAUAAACGUUCCGUC